UAACGACCGGCGCGGCAGCGCGGGGGGCCUUGCAGGAAGGUAACUGCCAUCCUCAUUUCACAGAGGAAGCAUAUGAAACUAUAAGAGAUUCAGUAACUUGCCCAAGGCCACACAGCUAGCCAAUGGGAUCUGUACCUGGAUCAGCUCUACUCCAGAGAUGGACCCUUAAGAACCACUCUGUGCUACCUCUCUUGCUAAAUGCCCACUCCAAAGUUAAGACCUCCACCCCUCCUCUCCCUCCAGGGCAUCAAGGACCUGCCAGUGUGAGAGACUCCUCGUCACAAGGCCAUCACCAAGGGGCUACCUGCCCCUAGGCUGCCAGUCCACAGCAUGCAGGAAACCCUAGCAACAUCGACACUGUCAGCCCCCCGCCGAUCCUCAAUCUCCACGCAGGAAAUGUUCUCCACUGCAGACCAAACUUCAAGCACAGGCCCCCAGCCCUCAAGGCCCUCAAACAUCCCACCCCCCGGCAAGUCCAAGGGCUGGAAUUCUGGGACCAAAUUACGUCGGAUGCGCAGGAUCAUAGCUGAAGAUCCUGAAUGGUCACUGGCCACCGUGCCCCUCCUCACAGAGCUCUGCAUUCAGCACAUCAUCAAGAACUUCCAGAACAACCCUAUCCUGAAGCAGCUGCUUCCAGAGCACCAGCAGAAGGUGCUGAGCCACCUGUCACCCGAGCUGCCGCUGGCUGUGACGGCCAACCUGAUCGACGACGAGAACUACUGGCGCCGCUGCUGCAUGCACCGCUGGCCCGUGUGCCACGUGGCCAGGCACGGCGGCAGCUGGAAGCGCCUGUUCUUCGAGCGGCACCUGGAGAACCUGAUAAAGCACUUCAUCCCAAGCACCACGGACCCCGCCGUGCUCCUCGACCUGCUGCCGCUCUGCCGGAGCUACGUGCGCCGGCUGCGCGUGGACCAGCUCCUCCCGCCCGUGCAGCUGCCCGGCCCACCCCGGAGCGGGGAGCUGUCCGACUCGGGCAGCGAGGGGGAGACGGAGGAGCCCGCCACCGACCACUACCAACUGCGCGACCUGGUGGCUGGCCUGAGCCACCUGGAGGAGCUCGACCUGGUGUACGGGGUCAAGGACUGCGGCAUGAACUUCGAGGGGAACCUCUUCCUCUUCACCUAUCGGGACUGCCACUCCCUGGCGGCCACCAUCAAGGCAUGCCACACCCUCAAGAUCUUCAGGCUGACCCGAAGCAAGGUGGACGACGACAAGGCACGCAUCCUAAUUCGCAGCCUCCUGAAUCACCCAGCCCUUGAGGAGCUGGACCUGUCACACAACCUCAUCGGGGACCGGGGUGCACGAGCUGCAGCCAAGCUGCUGAGCCACAGCCACUUGCGUGUGCUCAACCUGGCCAACAACCAGGUGCGGGCGCCUGGUGCCCAGUCUCUGGCUCACGCCCUAGCACACAACACCAACCUCAUUUCCCUCAACCUGCGCCUCAACUGCAUUGAGGAUGAGGGUGGCCAGGCACUUGCCCACGCCUUGCAGACCAACAAGUGCCUCACAACACUGCACCUCGGUGGCAAUGAGCUGUCUGAGCCCACCGCCACGCUCCUCUCCCAGGUGCUCUCGGUCAACACCACGCUCACCAGCAUCAACCUGUCCUGCAACCACAUUGGGCUGGACGGUGGGAAGCAGCUCCUGGAGGGCAUGUCGGACAACAAGACCCUCCUGGAGUUGGACUUGCGCCUGUCCGAUGUGGCCCAGGAGAGCGAGUACCUCAUUGGCCAGGUCCUCUGUGCCAACCGGGAAGCCGCCCGCCAGCGGACCUUGAAUCCUGGCCACUUGAUGUCACCAGUCAUCGCCAAGGGCCCUGAGAAGCCUGCACGAUAAGGUGGGGGACAGGGCUGGGCUGGAGCAGUGACGGGACCUGGGUCACUGCCCUGGCCCCAUCCCUCAUUUCAUGCUCGCUCAUGCCUGCUGUAGAGUGCCACGCUGGUCUCGAGGGAGGAGAGCGGGAGAGACCACGGAUAUCCUCGGGGUCAGUGAUCAAGGGUGAUGCGGAUAAAGACGGAGAGGGCACUGGGGUGGGGGACAGAAGGGCUAUGAGGUGGGACCCGUGCCCUGUACCCUGGAAGAAGAUAUUACCAGACCCCCUGAAAUGACCGACUUCUUCCAGGAUGAGGGAAGGCAGAGAAGAUUCUGAGAGCCUCCCCAGACUCUCCCCUGAAGGCCAUCCAUCUCCCUGACCCCUGCCUCCCGACCGUCGUCCUCUCUACUGAACGGGUCCUGGACUUUUUGACCUUCAAAACAUGUGCAAGCCUGCAGGGCACACACGCACCCUCAGUCUCUCUCUCCUCUGGCGACUGCAGAGCUUUGCCCCGCUCUUUCACUCUCACUCCUGCCGAUGCUACCUCGCUAUUACUUGACUCUGCUAAAGGAACGGCCCAUUCUACAGGCCAUUCC